AUGCCCUGGGGCAACCCUUCCGGCUGUUCCCCUGAGAGGAGUGGGGACGUGGAACGCAUCGGGAUGGUGGAUCACAUCUCGAUCCGCAACGCCUCCGAUUGGGCCCCUGGCACGUUCGACGGCAGCUAUCACAUCCACUUGAGCGUCGAGCCGUCGAAGAUGUGGUCUGGGCCUCGUGCCUGA